AUGGCUCACCGCGUGGUGUACUCGAGUCACAGGGUUGCGCUCGAAGCAGUCGAUCUGGCCAAUGUGAUUAGACCCCGUCGUCGGGGGAACCAGGACGCCAAAGACGCCGAAGAAAGGCCGUUGGUUGACAUUGCACCGUCUGUACUACGGGAUAUCUACGCUAGUGCAUGUGAUUGGGUUUGUUUGCAUGAUGAAGACCCCUCAAAGCUACAGACUUCGCAUACGUCAGCAAAUCCCAAACUCGAAAUCCCUGUCCAAACUUCGGGGGAAGAGACCAAGAGACGAAGAGCCGAUCUCGCCGAAAUUGGAAAAGACGCUUCGGGAUACCGUGGCCGCAGCUUCAUCCCAUAG